AACAAAGUCUUCUUUCGCAGUCAAAAUGGCGGAGUGGGACUUGACUAGCACGGUCGGCCAGUACAUUGACCGGCAUAUGGUAUUUCCACUGCUGGAAUUCCUUCAGAACAAGAGUAUAUACAAUGAAGAUGACCUCCUCAAAGCCAAGCUGGAUCUAUUGCAAAACACCAAGAUGGUCGACUUCAACAUCGACGUUUACAAGAUGUGCUACCCGGACGCUGAAGUACCGCAAGAUAUGAUCCAACGGCGAGGAGAGGCCGUGCAGAGGCUCGUGGUCUUGAAAAGUGAAACGCUUGCUCUGAUCGAAGCCUGCCAGAAUGACGAAGUGUGCAAGUACAUCCAGAGUUGCCGAGACAUUCGGCAAGUUAUGGAUCACUUGAUGAAGAAUUUUAAUCAAAUCAACCCAGAGAUGAUUGACAGCCUGUACGCCUAUGCGAAGCAUCAGUACGAAACGGGCAGUUACACCGGUGCCGGAGAGUGCCUGUACCUCCAUCGUUUCCUGAUAUCGCCCAAUGACAAAAACUACCUCAACAACCUGUGGGGUAAGCUGGCCUCUGAGAUUCUGAUGCAGAACUGGGAUGUGGCCCUUGAUGACUUGAGCCGGCUGCGCGAGUACAUCGACAACAAUAACUUCUCGUCGCCACUGCACUCGCUGCAGCAGCGCACCUGGCUCAUCCACUGGAGCCUCUUCGUGUUCUUCAACCACGCCAAGGGCCGUGACCUCAUCAUCGAGCUCUUCCUCGGGCAGCCGCAGUAUCUGAACACGAUACAGACCAUUUGCCCACACAUCCUGAGGUACCUGACGUGCGCCGUCAUCACGAACAAGCAGAAACGGAAUGCCCUUCGUGACCUUGUAAAGGUCAUCCAGCAGGAGUCGUACACGUACCAUGACCCCAUCACCGAGUUCGUGGAGUGCCUGUUUGUCAACUUUGACUUUGACGGGGCCCAGCAGAAGCUGCGCGAGUGCGAGGUGGUCCUGUCCAACGACUUCUUCCUGGUGGCCUGUCAGGACGACUUCAUCGAGAACGCCCGACUCUUCAUCUUCGAGACCUUCUGCCGCAUCCACGAGUGCAUCUCCAUCAACAUGUUGGCAGAGAAGCUGAACAUGACGCCCGAAGCAGCUGAAAAGUGGAUCGUCAACCUGAUUCGCAAUGCCCACCUCGACGCCAAGAUCGACUCUAAGCUGGGCCACGUUGUUAUGGGAACACAGGCUGUGUCACCGUACCAGCAGCUCAUCGACAAAACUCAGGCCCUGCACUUCCGUUCUCAACAGCAGAUCGGCCACCUUGAGCACCGACUCAGCAGCUUAGACCGGACGUCGCACUGGGGAGCCCAAAACUGAGAGGGGACGUAAGAUAAGGAUGUUUCCAGAAAGCAAGGUCCUUGAAGAGACUGUUGAAGACCACCAAGUUGCGUCGACAGACCAAUCUUUCUAGAAACAACAAAAAAAACUACUUCCAUUCUUUC